CUCUUCUUCCUUAAACCCUCUUCCACUCUUUACCCUUGAUUCCUGCGGCUUCGUAUUCUCUCGUUCUUCGAACCAGCACAGCACCUUCAAUCGUUGCCAGUCGUUGCCAGUCCCACCCGUGAAACGCGGAGAAGAGAAUCAGCCAUGACCACCACCAACAGUGACCUUCCCCGCAUAACCGAUGCCACUAAAGUGUGGACCACUCUCAUUACGAAUACGGCAUAUCUUCCAGGAUUGCUCACCUUGGAGUAUUCGCUACGCAAAGUGGGCUCCAAGUAUCCCCUGGUCGUGCUCUACACAGACUCCUUUCCGGAUGAGGGCCAUGCCGCCCUCGAUGCCCGCGGCAUUCUGAAGCAACGGGUCCCCUAUCUGCUGCCCUCAGUCCCCAAGGAUUAUGUCAACGACGUGCGCUUUUACGAUUGCUGGAGCAAGCUUACGCCCUUCUCGCUCGUCGAGUAUGAGCGGGUGGUCCAGCUCGACAGUGACAUGCUGGUCCGCCAGAACAUGGAUGAGCUGAUGGAUCUUGAAUUGGACCCCCCGGCUCUGGCAGGAACUGGACCACGAGUUUUCGCUGCCAGCCAUGCCUGCGUUUGCAAUCCGCUUCAAAAAUCCCAUUACCCGCAGGAUUGGAUCCCACCCAACUGCGCUUUCACUUCCCAGCACUCGAACCCGGAAGCCGCCCAGAUCGAGGGGGCACCGCCCACAGCCGGUCUGGGGAUGCCCAACGGUGGCUUACAGGUGGUCAACCCGUCCCCAGCCAUCUAUGAUAAGAUCGUUGCUCAAUUGGCUUCGUCGGUCACAUCGAACUAUGAAUUUGCAGAUCAAUCUCUCCUCUCGGACGUGUUCCAUGGCCGGUGGGUGGCCCUUCCAUAUGUGUAUAAUGCGUUGAAGACCUUACGAUGGGAGGGGGUGCACGACGCCAUCUGGAGGGAUGAUCGGGUCAAGAAUGUACAUUACAUCCUCAGCCCUAAGCCUUGGGAUGAGCCUGAGGAGAUCCGGAAAAGCCUAGUGCCGCGCUCCAGUCGAGAUGCUUCGCACGCCUGGUGGUGGGAACUGACGGAGGAGCGGCUGCAGGAGGAGCGGGAAAAGGAGGUGAAUGACCAAUUUUAGACUUCCUCUAAUAAGAUGGCUGUUGGAAAGUGGAAAGUGGAAAGUGGAAUUGAAAGGACAUGUCAGAUCAGGCGAGCGAUGCUCUAUGAAUAGCCCCUCCCCCUCGAGGCAGCAGUGGCUGAAUCUAUGGUGGUGGCAGCGAUGGAUUCAGAGCUACAGAAUUUGGUUAAAGGAAGUGCUGUCUGAUAUUCCAGGAAGGAAACGCCACGAUGAUGGAUGGCCACCUCUCCAUUUAUUAUGAUUUUUCCAAUAUGGGACUUGGGAGGUUGGAUGGAGCUCUGACUUGAGAUACCUAGUACGUACUGUACAGUACUCCUGUACAGUACUCCACCGUUCAAUAUUCGAAGCCUGAGGCAUCAAUACAAAGAACC